ACAAGGUCUUGCUAUGUUGCCCAGGACUAUCUGAAGCUCCUGGCCUCAAGCCAUCCUCCCGCCUCAGCCUCCUGAAGUGCUGGGAUUCCAGGCUUGAGCCACCACGGUGGAUCCUGCAUUACUCCUCUGUGCUCACUGCCACACGCAGCUCAGCCUGGACAGCACAGGCAGGUGUCAGGUGCGUCUCUGCUGAUCUGAGCCUGCCUGCAGCAUGGACCUGCGUCUCCCCUGAAGCAUCUCCAGGGCUGGAGAGAUGACUGCCAUGCACCGAGGGCUCAUCCAUCUGCAGAACAGGACAGUGGGAGGGGACGCCAUGACCCCCAUCCUCAUGGUCCUGAUCUGUCUCGGGAACUCUCUUCCAGGGCUGAGUCUGGGCCCCAGGACCCACGUGCAGGCAGGGACCCUCCCCAAGCCCACCCUCUGGGCUGAGCCAGGCUCUGUGAUCACCCAGGGGAGUCCCGUGACCCUCAGGUGUCAGGGGAGCCUUCAGGCUGAGGAGUACCAUCUAUACAGGGAAAACAAAUCAGCAUCCUGGGUUAGAUGGAUACAAGAGCCUGGGAAGAAGGGCCAGUUCCCCAUCCCAUCCAUCAACUUGGAACACGCAGGGCGGUAUCGCUGUCAGUACUACAGCCACAAUCACUCAUCAGAGCCCAGUGACCCCCUGGAGCUGGUGGUGACAGGAUCCCACAGCAAACCCACCCUCUCAGCCCUGCCCAGCCCUGUGGUGGCCUCAGGAGGUAACGUGACCCUGCAGUGUGGCUCACAGGUGGCAUUUGACGGCUUCAUUCUGUGUAAGGAAGGAGAAGAUGAACACCUACAACGGCUGAACUCCCAUUCCCAUGCCCGUGGGUGGUCCUGGGCCGUCUUCUCCGUGGGCCCCGUGAGCCCGAGUCGCAGGUGGUCGUACAGGUGCUAUGGUUAUGACUCGCGCUCUCCCUAUGUGUGGUCUUUACCCAGUGAUCUCCUGGAGCUCCUGGUCCCAUGGGUUUCUAAGAAGCCAUCGCUCUCAGUUAAGCCAGGCCCUGUCGUGGCCCUUGGGGAGAGCCUGACCCUCCAGUGUGGCUCUGAUGUCGGCUACGACAGAUUUGUUCUGUAUAAGGAGGGAGAACGUGACUUCCUCCAGUUCCUUGGCCGGCAGCCCCAGGCUGGGCUCUCCCAGGCCAACUUCACCCUGGGCCCUGUGAGCCGCUCUUAUGGGGGCCAGUACAGAUGCUCCGGUGCACACAACGUCUCCUCCGAGUGGUCGGCCCCCAGUGACCCCCUGGACAUCCUGAUCACAGGACAGAUCCGUGCCAGACCCUCCCUCUCGGUGCAGCCGGGCCCCACAGUGGCCUCAGGAGAGAAUGUCACCCUGCUGUGUCAGUCACAGGGAUGGAUGGACACUUUCCUUCUGACCAAGGAGGGGGCAGCUGAUCCGCUGCUGCGUCUAAAAUCAAAGCACCAAUCUCAUAAGCACCAGGCUGAAUUCCCCGUGGGUCCUGUGACCUCAGUCCAUGCAGGGACCUACAGGUGCUACGGCUCACUCAGCUCCGACCCCCACCUGCUGACUCACCCCAGUGAGCCCCUGGAGCUCGUGGUCUCAGGAGCAGCUGAGACCUUCACCCCACCACAAAACAAGUCCGACUCCAAGGCUGGAGCAGCUAACACCCUCAGCCCAUCACAAAACAAGACGGCCUCACACCCCCAGGAUUACACAGUGGAGAAUCUCACCCGCAUGGGCGUGGCUGGCUUGGUCCUGGUGGUCUUCGGGAUUCUGCUGUUUGAGGCUCGGCACAGCCAGAGAAGCCCCCAAGAUGCAGCCGGGAGGUGAACAGGAGAGAGAAGAAUGUACCCUUCAGAGUGGUGGAGCCUCGGGAACAGAUCCGAUGAUGCCACGAGGUUCCGGGAGACAAUUUAGGGCCGACGCUAUCUGGACUGUCUGCCAAUCGUUUUUAGAGGGAGGAAUCAGUGUUGGAUUGCAGAGACAUUUUCUGGAGUGACCCAUGGAGGACCAUUAACAUGUGAUGCCUUUCCUCUCUAUUAAUGUUGACUUCCGUUGGUUGGAUCCUCUUCUUUUCCCACCCCCAGACAUGAGGCUACAUCUCACAUGGCAGCAUUGGGUCCACACCUCUGCACACCUGUGUGCUGUGGCCCGUGGCGUGUAACACAGUCUUCCUUAUUCCUCAUUGCCACACUCCCUGGUGUGCUUUACUGAGCCUCCAUCUCUUCAGUUCAGAGUUCCAAACAUGCUUCAGUAACUAAAUCAAUGGGAGAGUAUCGGAUUUCCACCAGGAAAAGACAAAUCCACCCUGAUGCCCUGACACUCUCUCUGAACCCUAGGAACCCUUCCCUCCUUCUCAGAUGCUACCUGUGUAUCUUCUCCUCAGAUCAUUGUGUAACCAUCACUGCCAUCCUGUUCCACACAUUGUCGUCACCCUACACCCAUUCAGCAGCCACUCCCCAUUCCCUCUUCCCUCCAGCACCUGCUAACCACGAGUGUGCUUUCUGUCUCUACGGAUUUGCCUAUUCUGGCUGAAAACAUUUCAAUCUGCCUUUGACCUGUGAGCUUCUCACUUCGUGACUUCCUGCCUUUCCAGGCAGAACCAAAGUACACCAUGUCAAAAGCAAUGAUAGGCAUUUGCAGUGUGUUGGUGAUCCACAAAAGGAAAAUCAGGGAAGGAGGAUAGAAAUCCAGCUGCAGACAAGACCUCAGGUCGAUGAAUCUCGACAAGCAGUUGAGCUGUUUCUUUCUACUCACCUAUGACAGUCAGACAGAGCUAUGCAAAAUGAUUGGGGCUGAUUCUUUUCUGAAUUGUCCCAAACAGCAAGAGGACGUGAGUCCUAGCAUUAAAGAGUUCAACAUGUCUAGGUCCAAGACCACUGUUGUGUUUGAAGGAUGUAAAACCCUGCUGCAUAGGAUAGAAUGUUUGGAGGGAGGAUCCUGAGAAACAUGAGGAGGGAUCAAAUAGUCCUGAACUUUCUAGGACAAAGGGAGCAGCUAUUUACCAUCUACCCUCUAGAAUAAAGAAAUCUUAUCAUUCACUAUCUACCCUCUAGAAUAAAGAAAUCUUAUCAUUUGCCAUCUACCUUCUAGAAUAAAGAAAUCUUAUCAUUGCCAUCUACCCUCUAGAAUAAAGAAAUCUUAUCAUUCAUCAUCUACCCUCUAGAAUAAAUCUUAUCAUUCACCAUCUACCCUCUAGAAUAAAGAAAUCUUAUUAAGGACAUUUUCAAAGCCUUAACAGAAUGUGAAUGAUUUCAAUAUUAUGUUUUACCUAUACAGCGUCUUCCAAGUUCUAGUUUGGUUGUGCCAGGCCAAACAUUUGAGCCAGAUUUCGGCAAGAUCAAGCAGGAGAUUCUGGCGUCUGUCGCUGAUUACCUUCCCGCCAUACCUGGCCACCAGCCUUUCCCAUGGACCCCCACGUGUUUCUCCUGACUCUCGGGUACGAAUCCUGCGAACACACUGACCUCCGCCUUCUACAUGACUGACCAGCACUAUGAAAUUUGCAUAAAUACGAAUAGAAAAUAUACUGUCCCCACAUUCCCUAAAAUAAAACUGGGUCCUCGCCCAUGGGCUUUUGCUGGAUUAUACUGAGAAAAGGCAGGUCUUAGAACACACAUUCCAUAGACUCACAUCUCAGAGGAGAUUCGUUCCACAGGCUCAGAGGCCUGAACACACUGCUCCACUCUCGGGGCUCGGAGACACUCUGCAUGUGGGUCUUCACCCCAUCCGGGAGCCCUCAUUCCUUCUUCCUCGGUUUUUCGUACAGUGAUUUUUCCCACUACUGCUGUCUACUUUCCUCUGCCAGAAAUUCCUUGCUGGUUCCACGGCAAUCUCCUCAGGGCUCCUAUUUCAUAAAAUGGAAACGGAAUUCUUCAUGUGCCUUUAAAAAGGAAAAUAAUUAUCCAAACAAUAUAAAACACAAACACCCAUAUAGCAAAAUAUUUCUUAGUACAUCAUGAACUCAAAUACAU